AAUCUUGGAGAAGCAGAAUUUGCCGUAGCCUUAUUUGUUUAUAUGCGUAUUUUAGGAUAUCCUGCAGAAAAAAUAUCAAUAUUAACAACCUAUAAUGGACAAGCUUCUUUAUUACGUGAUAUAAUAAAUAAAAGGUGUACAAAUAAUCCUUUAAUUGGAAUGCCUGGAAAAAUUUCUACUGUUGAUAAAUACCAAGGACAACAGAAUGAUUACAUAAUUUUAUCACUUGUGAGGACUAGAGCAGUUGGACAUUUAAGAGAUGUACGACGAUUAGUAGUAGCUCUAUCACGUGCUAGACUUGGCCUUUAUAUUCUUUGUCGUGUUUCAUUAUUUAGAAAGUGUUAUGAACUUGCACCCGCUUUUGAAAGGUUACUCCAAAAACCAACUCGUCUUCUUUUAUUGCCUACAGAACAGUUUGGUUACCCUAACGAAAAUAGUCAAAAACAACCCCUAGAAAUUAUAGACACUCAACACAUGUCACAUUUUGUUUCAGAAUUUUAUUCUGCCAAUAUUGAAAUUAUGAAGGGGCGUAAUAAUCAACUAGAAAAGGAACAAGAGAAGGGGGACGAGGAGGUGAUGGAAGUAGUAGUGACGACAGAAGAGACGUCAGCAACCACCACCACAACUAUUCCUUCCGUGGAAAUUCCAAAAGAAAAGGAAGGUGAAGAAGAAGAAGAACGGAUGGAAGAGGGGGAAGUAAGGGAAGGGGAGGAAGAAAGGAUGGGAGAAGACAAAAACAAGGAAGAAGAAGGACCUAAAGAAAGUGAUGAGGGAGCUAUAGUUUUUGAACAGGUGGAUUUCGAACGGUUACAAAAUGUUCCAAAAUAUGGAUAA